AUGGGCGUUGUCAACGAAUUACUCAACAACCCCUAUGUGGUACAGGGCGUCUGCGUCGCCCUUGUGGCGGUGUUCAUCACUAGCAUAUGGAGUGAUUUAGCAGACGAAAUUCCCUUUAGUCGUGUGCCUCUGGUUGGAAAAAGCUGGUGGGAACUUACAAAUAAAAAGGCCAGAUCGCGCUUCACUCAGUCUGCGCGUGCUUUGAUCGCCGAGGGUUUCGCGAAAGGUUCCAAUGUAUUCCAAAUUAUAGGAGCGACUCAGCCAAUCAUCCUUGUGCAUCCGAAGUACACGGAUGAGAUCAAGAGUCACCCAGACUUGAGUUUCGAAAAAGCCGUCAAGAAGACCUUUUUCAGCAAUCGUAUCGCUGGCUUUGAGGCAUUUCACAAUCCAGGAUCCUUCAAUAUCACUGCUGGCGUCGCGCGCACCCAGUUGACACAAGCACUCGGGUCUCUUUCAAUCCCACUCUCAAGGGAGACUGGCGCGACUUUGAAAGAGGCAUUUCCCCCAACAAAGGAGUGGACACCGUAUAAUUUCUUUCAAAAGACUCCAUUUGCAGUAGCCCGGAUCUCAUCCUUGAUCUUUCUCGGAGAGGAAAUCUGCCACAAUGAAGAAUGGGUGAAUGUAUCCGUUAAUUUCGUGAUCGACGCCUUCGAAGCCAUGCGCGAGUUGCGAGAUUGGCCCUCUGUUCUCCGUCCAUUUGUCCACUGGUUCAUGCCUACAGCCCAGAAGCUGCGUAAGCACAUGGAAAGCGCCAGAUUGAUCAUCGCCAAUGAACUCGAAAGACGAGAAUUAAUUCGCGCCGGCAAGCUUCCUGAAGACGACCCGCCCCGCCUCCGCGAUGCUCUGGACUGGUUCAAGGAGACUGCUGAAGCGAACAACUUUACCAAUUUCAACAUCUCCCGUGCUCAGGUUGGAUUGUCGCUCGCGGCUAUUCAUACUACGUCGAACUUGCUUACGAAUAUUAUGUACGAUCUCGCGGCGUACCCGGAGUACAUUCAGCCGCUACGUGAUGAGAUUCGUGCUGUUGCUGCUGAGGACGGGAUCUUGAAAAAGACUAGUUUGCUCAAGUUGAAAAAGAUGGAUAGUGUGAUGAAAGAGUCACAGCGGAUGCACCCAUUGAGUCUGACUGGUUUGAACCGCUACGCGACCCGGCAGAUCACCCUUUCCGAUGGCACUAUAAUUCCCAAGGGUGCAACCAUCGCUGUGUCGGCUCAUACCAUGAUGGAAGAUGGCCUUAUCUAUGAAAACGCCCGUACCUACGACGGGUUGCGCUUCUAUAACAUGCGCCAGGAACCAGGCAGUGAACACAGACACCAGCUUGUCACGACAACACCGGAGCACUUUGCCUUUGGUCUUGGCAAGCACGCCUGUCCUGGUCGAUUCUUUGCUGCCAACGAAUCCAAGAUUCUGCUGCUGCAUUUGAUUAUGAAGUACGACUGGAAGCUGCAGUCAGAGGGUCGACCUAAGAACUAUGAAAACGGGUUUGAGUUGAUUACCGAUCCGACAGUGGAGAUGUUGUUCCGCUCGCGCGAACCAGAGAUCGACCUGGGUUUCUUGGGCGAGUAG